AUGGAUGAUAUUUUAAAUUGCAAACCAGAGCUCUUGGACGAUUAUUACGGGUUACUCGGAUGCGAUGAGUUAUCUUCGGUAAGAUAGUUUGUUUUCCCACUAGCAAUAACGUUAGCUAGCUAGGCUAAAUAAAUGUGACGACCUGUUGAGAUAUGGAUCUCAUACUGUGCAGUGAAAGUGGCGUAGCUUGGUAUAAUUUCAUGCACCUUUUGUCAGUGACUGCUAUAACGAUUUUGAUUGUCAGUUCAACCAGCUUUUAAGGCCAUGGCAAAUGUAACAUAAUGUAUAUGAAUAAAACUUUCAUGAUGUGUCUUUGUUUUUAGACAGAACAGAUUGCCAAUGAAUACAGAGUAAGGGCCUUGGCAUGCCAUCCAGACAAGCACCCUGAGAAUCCAAGAGCAGGUAAUGGAUCAAUUCUGUGUGAUUGUGCCCCUCUUGUGUACUGUGACAGGUGAUGAUUGUCAUGUACAGUGCCUUCAGAAAGUAUUCAUACCCCUUGACUUAUUCCACUUUGUUGGGUUUCAGCCUGAAUUCAAAAUUGAUUUAAUUGUUUUUUUCUCACCCAUCUACAUACCAUACCCCAUAACGACAAAGUGAAAACAUGUUUUUAGACAUUUUUGCAAAUGUAUUGAAAAUGAAAUACAGAAAUAUCUCAUUUACAUAAAUAUUCACACCCGUUAGUCAAUACUUUGUAGAAGCACCUUUGGCAGCGAUUACAGCUGUGAGCCUUUCUAGGUAAGUCUCUAAGAGCAUUCCACACGUGGAUUGUGCAACAUUUGUCCAUUUAUUAUUUUCAAAAAUCUUCAAGCUCUGUCAAAUUGGUUGUUGAUCAUUGCUAGACAAACAUUUUUAGGUCGCCAUAGAUUUUCAAGUAAAUUUAAGUCAAAACUGUAACUCAGCCUCUCAGGAAUAUUCACUGUCUUCUUGGUAAGAAACUCCAGUGUAGAUUUGGCCUUGUGUUUAAGGUUAUGUCCUGCUGAAAGGUGAAUUCAUCUCCCAGUGUCUAGUGGAAAGCAGACUGAACUAGGUUUUCCUCUAGGCUUUUGCCUGUGUUUAGCUUCAUUCAGUUUCUUUUUUAUCCUGGAAAAACUCCCCAGUCCUUAACGAUUACAAGCAUACCCAUAACAUGAUGCAGCCACCACUAUGCUUGAAAAUAUGGAGAGUGGUGCUCAUGUAACAGUGUUGCUUCCGUCCCUCUCCUCGCCCCUACCUGGGCUUGAACCAGGGACCCUCUGCACACAUCGACAACAGUCACCCUCGAAGCACCGUUACCCGUCGCUCCACAAAAGCCGCGGCCCUUGCAGAGCAAGGGAAACAACUACUUCUAGGUCUCAGAGCGAGUGACGUCACCGAUUGAAAUGCUACUAGCGCGCACCGCUAACUAGCUAGCCAUUUCACACCGGUUACACUCAGUAAUGUGUUGUAUUGGAUUUGCCCCAAACAUAUGUAUUCAGGACAAAAAGUUAAUUGCUUUACCACAUUUUUUGCAGUAUUACUUUAGUGCCUUGAUGCAUGUUUUUUGAAUAUGUUGUAUUCUGUACAGGCUUCCAUCUUUUCACUCUGUCAAUUAGGAGUAACUACAAUGUUGAUCUAUCCUCUGUGUUCUCUUAUCACAGCCAUUAAACUCUGUAACUUUUUAAAAGUCACCAUUGGCCUCAUGAUGAAAUCCCUGAGGAACGGACACUGAGUUAGGAAGGACGCCUGUAUCUUAGUAGUGACUGGGUGUAUUGAUAAACCAUCCAAAGUGUAAUUAAUAACUUGACCAUGCUCAAAGGGAUAUUCAAUGUCUGUUUUUAGUUUUUUACCCAUCUACCAACAGGUGCCCUUCUUUGCGAGGCAUUGGAAAACCUCCCUGGUCUUUGUGGUUGAAUCUGUGUUUGAAAUUCACUGCUUGACUGAGGGACCUUACAGAUAAUUGUAUGUGUGGGGUACAGAGAUGAGGUAGUCAUUCAAAAAUCAUGUUAAACACAAUUUUUGAACACAGAGUGAGUCCAUGCAACUUAUUAUGUGACUCGAUAAGCACAUUUCUACUUCUGAAUCUAUUGAUGCUUGCCCUAACAAAUGGGUUGAAUACUUAUUGACUCAAGACAUUUCAGCUUUUCAUUUUUUAUUAAUUUGUAAACAUUUCGAAAAACAUAAUUCCAAUUUGACAUUAUGGGGUAUUGUGUGUAGGCCAGUGACCAAAAAUCUCAAUUUAAUCAAUUUUAAAUUCAGGCUGUAACACAACACAAUGCGGAAAAGUUUAAGUUUUGUGAAGACUUUCUGAAGGCACAUAAAUGUCAAUAUAUUUGUGUCAUAAAAAUGUCAUCGCAAUAAUCCUAUCCAUGCUCAUCAUUAUGUCAUCAUUUUGUUGCAGUGGAAGAGUUUCAGAAGUUGCAGGAAGCCAAGGAGGUUUUGUGCAAUGAAAAAAGUAGAAGAAACUAUGAUGUAUGGAAAAGAAGUGGAAUUACCAUUCCAUUCCAUGGCUGGCUAGCCCUUGGCGACUCUGUCAAAACAGUAUGUACAGUACCAGUCCAAAGCUGUCAUCAAGGCAAAGGGUGGCUAUUUGAAGAAUCUCAAAUAUAAAAUAUAUUUUGAUUUGUUUAACACUUUUUUGGUUACUACAUGAUUCCAUAUGUGUUAUUUCAUAGUUUUGAUGUCUUCCCUAUUAUUCUACAAUGUAGAAAAUAGUAAAAAAUAAAGGAAAACCCUUGAAUGAGUAGGUGUGUCCAAACUUUUAACUUGUACUGUAUAUUAUGAGAAUCAUAAUUAUGAUGUAAAGGGGUGCUCUUUCAUAGAACAAAUAAUGGGGCACUAGUCCACUUGUUAACAUAAUAACAAAGCAUAACAAAGAGUUGUCAAACUUUACACUGCCUACAUUUAAUCAGGUGACCUAAGGUCAAGUAUUAUGUAACUGAGAUAAGCCCAUUCAAAAAAUGUAUCCUGUGUUGAAUGCAUACAUUAUAUUAUGUUAAACACACUUUAUCUGAUUGUGUUUUUUAAUGUUUGGGUACGUUGCUCUCUGUCCUCAGUCAAUGCAUUGGGCUGUGAGGACCAAAAAGGAGCCCAUGCUGGAGAGCUCUAAAGCAACAUUCCCUAACAGUUCCCAAGACAGAGACUGUACUGACCACGAGGUACCAGAGAUGCCUUCACCAGAUGCAGUGCCAUCAUCAAGUGAGGACAUAGCCUAGUUUUAAAUGAUUUUCAUGUUUACAGGUACUUUUGCCAACAUAUAGUUAGACAGAACUAAAAUCCAACAUGCAAUAUUGGUUAUGGUAAUAUACCACUAACCUUAUGGGAAUAUAAUGCUUCAAAUGAGGCUCUUGGUCUAAUCUUAUUUGAUUUAAAUGUCUUAUUAAAUAACUGUACCUUUUUAUUUUUAAUCAUAUUUUUGAUGUCCCCAUUAUCCAGGUGAUUACUGCCAUCGCCAUUUUCGGUGGGCUUCUGACUCCCCAUCCAGUCUUCUGCGGAAAUUCAGAAAUUAUGAAAUCUAA